AUGCCGGCUCUCACUAAGUUUUUCUCUCAUUUUCACGAGCUGACCAACAGUUUCUUCUCUUCAUGGCUUCCUCAAGUUUUUAGAUGUCUACUGCUGAAUGGAGAUAAAGGGAGGAAGAUUACAAGUUGCAGUCACAUUUUCCAUGAAAAUUGCCUGGAUAAAUGGAUAAUGCAUGGCAAGGGACAAAACAGUAAUUGCCCGCUUUGCCGGAGUGUGAUUAUACCGAACUAUAUGGUUGAAGAGAUCCAGACAGUUGAAGAUGAAGGACUGAGGUUUAAUCUCUUUGAGGAAGAACUUGCUCUUCUAUUGCUUUCUGGCUUGAGUAAUCGAUGUUCUACCCACAGGAGCAAGGAAGUGGAGGAUAUGGAAUGCAUUACACGUAUUAUGGACAUGAUUAGGCAAUCAGUAGACGAGCAACAAGACAUGAUGAGGCAAGUAGCCGAGCAACAAGUUCUUGACGCCUUAGCGAUCAAAAGAAUGCAGGAUAGAAUGGACGAACUAAUGGCCAAUUUCCAAGAAGAACCUCAACUCGACGAAGAGAGCGAGUACCCACAAGAAGAUAAUUUUUAA